GAGGGCCCCAUGAAGGUAGAGCCGCUUGCCGCACACUGUUUUCACAGGGCCAGUUUGACAGUUAGCAUCAUGACACUUAGCAGCCGCAGUGACCGUUUUCUGUUUCUCCCUCUUGACUCUCUCCUCCAUUCCCUCCCUCCCUUUCUCAUUCCCUUUCUGCCCUCCCUCUCUCUCUCUCUCUCUCACUCUGUUUCUUUUUGUCUUUCUAGGCCUCACAUGGUGACAGAGUACAUGGGUAUCAGGAACGAGAGCUUCAUGAAGAUUGCAGCAGUAGGGACGUGGAUGGGGGACUUUGUGACUGCAUGGAUGGUAAGAGAACUACCAUGUGUACCCAGUAGUAGGCCAACACUGAUUAGAGUCAACUAGAAUAUAAGCACAAAGAGAGAGAGAGAGAGAGAGAGAGAGAGAGAGAGAGAGAGAGAGAGAGAGAGAGGAGAGAGAGAGAGAGAGAAGAGAGAGAGAGAGUGAGAGAGAGAGAGAUGCGGAGUCGCGGAGGAGAGAUAUCGCAGAGAUAUCUAGGCUCUCGACUAGACGAGAGCUCGAUCUCUCGUCUCUCGUCUCUCUCUUCUUCUCUGCUCUCCUCUAUCGCUCCUCUCUCUUCUCUCUCUCUCUCUCUCCUCGCUCUCCGCUGCUCUCUCUCCUCUCUCUCUUUCUCUCUCUCUCUCUCUCUCUCUCUCUCUCUCCUCUCUCUCUCUCUCUCUCUCUCCGUCUUCUCUUACUUCUUCUCCUCUCUCUCUCUCUCUCUCUCUCUCUUCUCCUCUCUCUCGUUCCCCUAAGAGAGAACUACAAUGCUAUUUGGCCCUAACCAGAGAAUACACAGUGGCAGAAUAUGUGACUGACCCAAACUUAAGGAAAGCUUUGACUAUGUACAGACUCAGUGAGCAUAGCCUUGCUAUUGACAAAGGCGCCGUAGGCAGACCUGGCUCCCAAGAGAACACAGGCUAUGUGCACAAUUAGGUGUAAACUGAGCUUAACCUCCUGCCAAAUGUAUGACCAUAUUAGAGACACAUAUUUCCCUUAGAUUACAGAGAUCCACAAAGAAUUCGAAAACAAACCCAAUUUUGAUAAACUCCCUUAUCUACUGGGUGAAAAACCACAGUGUGACAUCACAGAAGCAAGAUCUGUGACCUGUUGCCACAAGAAAAGGGCAACCAGUGAAGAACAAACCAUUGUAAAUACAACCCAUAUUUACCCAUUAUUUAUUUACCCAUUUGUACUUUAACUAUUUGCACAUUGUUACAACACUGUAUAUAGACAUAAUAUGACAUUUGAAAUGUCUUUAUUCUUUUGGAACUUCUGAGUGUAAUGUUUACUGUUAAUAUUUAUUGUUUAUUUCACUUUUGUUUACUAUCUACUUCACUUGCUUUGGCAAUGUUAACAUAUGUUUCCCAUGACAAUAAAGCCCUUACAUCUGGCUUUUAUAUAUAUAUAUAUUUUUUUUACAGUUGAUUAAUUCAACAAGGCACUUUCAAGAUGACCUCUGUGUGUCUCCUCCUCGACAGAGCAGAUAUUUCGAAUGUGUCAUCGGUAGAUGAGUGAGCAAGAAAUUUGUGUUUUUGUAACACUGCUCAUGACAGAAAUAAUUCAAUGAUUUUCUCAACUGUGGUGGUCAUGAAGUUUUAUCAGCCAAUGAUUGUCAAGCAAAUAACAGCCGGUCUCACAUUAAUUGAUCGUUAAUUAUCAUAAACACGUUUAGCAUCUUCUGGCUUCCACGCAUAGCCUACAAGCCACUGAUGCAGACCUACAUUUAAAAAAGUCUAAUAAAUCCAUUAAAUAUAGCCUACAUCAUCACAAUAAAUCCAUUAUUUAUUUUAGACAGGUCUAAAGAAACAUGAUAUGAAGAAAAUGUAGUUAUUUCCGAAGAACAGAAUAGCAUACCGUAGCCCUGCCAUGUGGCUUUGGGCUACGGUAGUUCAUUUAGCAGACAAGAUUUGCUUAGAAUUCCGUGGCAUUAUUUUAUAGUAUGAAGAAUACAAUUGAACAUAGCUGAAUAAAAUAGAAAGGAUAUUUUCUCCAAAUGAUUUCCGAGGGAGUGCGCACAUGCGGCUAGCACUUGAUAAUAUUCUCACCAGGCCUCCAAUUUCACGGUAGCAUCCCCCUUGUGUGGCCGUAAUGCCCCCUAAAAAAUCCAUGCCUUCUGUGGCCGUUGUGCCCUUGGUCUGAAUAUAAUAAUUAUAGCCUAAUUCCCUUCUCAUGGCUGCCAAUCGCCGUGCUCCGAAGCACCUCUCACUCACAUGGCUCUCUCAGAUAUCUAAAUUCUUAUUAGCCAUUGCCCGUCACGUGAUAGGGUCUUUCUUACAGGCAUCUCAGUUCCGAAGUAGGCUACAAGUGAAGACAGACACAUCUGGGACGCAACUGCGUGCGUCCUUCUUAUCGAAUUCCAAGGUGCAUACUGUCAACAUUUUACUUUUUGUCAGUCAACAAGAUGAGUAGGCCUAUCGAACAGCAAAAGCACUAGCCUAUGUCAAUCUACUAUCCCCAUAGCACAAAAGUUGACCUAUUCUAUUGGUCAACUUGUCCUUCUGUGCGAGAAAUAAAUAUUCCAGACAUACUCUGGGACAGUUGUGGGAUACAUUAGAUCCCAAAUUAAUACAACCACUCUCAUAAAAAAAAACGUUUAAAAGCAAUGAGGCUGAUGAAACAGAUCAGAGCGUUUAGCUUAAAAUGUUGAUAAUCUAUUAGGCUAUUUCUUCAAAAUAAUAAGCGCAGUAAUGCUCACACGGCAGUAAAGUCGCCUUAAAAAGGCUUGCGCUGUUUCUUGUCUUACUGCAAACACUGGGCAUGAUAAUACAUAAUUCACAAGUGAUAGGUUAAUAUUGUUACCCAUCAAAAUAUUCUUAAUCUAAUCUUGUCUUUACAUAUAUACUAAAGCAUAUAUGUGUGAAAUUAGUUUUGCUUUAGAAUGGACCAUUAUCAUGCACCUGUCUCGGAACAGGGGCAGGGGGAAAAAUACAUGUCAUCUGUUCACUUAAAUAGCGAAUGGAGGAUGCUUUUCCCGUGGUUCAUUUUCAUGCCAGCCAAGUAGGCUAUACUCCUCUUGUAAAGCGAAUUAAGUGCUUAAUAUUAGGAAUGUUGAGAAAUAAAUAUAGUAGGCCUAGCCUAUAGAAAGCUGAUGGGAUCCUCCUCUUUUUAAUAGAGGCCACCAAAACUCUUUUUUUCUCGAGCAAUUGCAUAGCCUAUAGAAAUGUUGUGCAACAUGAGCUCAUGGGUUCUCAUUAAGUGUUUGGUUUGGUUUUCGAUUACAUUUGCAUUGAUGUCAGAGAGAUUAGAGGGACAAUAGAGUGCUGAGUACCAGGCAGUUAGCAAGUUUGGUAGGAUACUAAUGACCAUCAGCAGCAUCAGAGCUUGGAGAAGCCUAGUUAACGUGACUAAACGGUCACGUGGAAUUUGACUGCAGUCAUAACUCGUGACCACCGGUGUGGCGUUAAUAUGGUCACCGUAACAGCCCUAUUCUCAACCAAAUCUUUCUCCACUCUUAUCUGCCUGAAGGAGAUGUGGCCUGCUGACAAAUUACCCUCGCCUCAAUGAAGUACCUUCUUUGAACGUCUGGAUUUGCAUAGUUGUGUAUUACAACCCUUUAAAAUCUAAAUUAAUGUUGAUCGAAAAGAUUACUUUUAAUGAUUGACUGUAUAGCAUAGGAAUAUAAACAAAGCAAUGCCAUUUGAAUUGAUUAUGCCAUUCCAUUGCGGUGUUCCAUAGGCAGAAUGGCAAAUUCUAACCAUCCAUUUUGACAUAAUGAAAUAACACAAGCUCAAUCCCGUAUGAAUGUGAUUCUUUGAUUUAAUUUGAGCCUCAUUCAGAGAUCACUCAAAAAUGAAUGAUAACUGGAAACGCCAUCUCAGUUUGAUGUUAGUUUAUUUCACCCUCACACAUGUCACAUGUUAAGUUAACCUGUUUUAUUCCCAGGUCACUGACAUGAUGCUCCAGGACCAGCACUACCCAGACUGGGGCAAAGCUGCCAGAAGGUUCUGGAAACAAGGCAACCACAGGAUCGUCCUCUUCUGGUACGUUCUAUUCUGCAGUCUAAUGCAUUUACAGUAUGCUGCCUCUGAGCCCGAUCAAUGUGUGUGUGUGUGUGCAUGCUGGGGAUUAUGAGUAUGUGUGUGUGGGUGCUAGGGUUCAUGAGUAUGUGUGAGUGCAUUAGAAUGCAUAUAUUCAUUAAUGUAUCGGUAUUCAGACAAAGCCCUUUGUGAAUCGGAGGUGUGACACUGUGCUCCUCUGGCUGUGUGCUGCCUGUAUCUGUGCUCCUCGUGGGGUUACACACAUUAACACACAGUCAAUAGCCCUGUUAAUCUUCCUCCGUUUAGUGUCAGCACCUUUAAUUAGAAGAACAGGAAGAGGAAAUCAAUGGACACAGCAAGGUCACGGGGCCAGCUAGACCCCUGCCUUUACACACACACACACACACACACACACACAAAAAAUAUAUAUAAAAAAGAAAUAUAUAUAUAUAUACAGUGAGGGAAAAAAGUAUUUGAUCCCCUGCUGAUUUUGUACGUUUGCCCACUGACAAAGAAAUGAUCAGUCUAUAAUUUUAACAGUAGGUUUAUUUGAACAGUGAGAGAGAGAAUAACAACAACAAAAUCCAGAAAAACGCAUGUCAAAAAUUUUAUAAAUUGAUUUGCAUUUUAAUGAGGGAAAUAAGUAUUUGACCCCCUCUCAAUCAGAAAGAUUUCUGGCUCCCAGGUGUCUUUUAUACAGGUAACGAGCUGAGAUUAGGAGCACACUCUUAAAGGGAAUAAUCCUAAUCUCAGUUUGUUACCUGUAUAAAAGACACCUGUCCACAGAAGCAAUCAAUCAAUCAGAUUCCAAACUCUCCACCAUGGCCAAGACCAAAGAGCUCUCCAAGGAUGUCAGGGUCAAGAUUGUAGACCUACACAAGGCUGGAAUGGGCUACAAGACCAUCGCCAAGCAGCUUGGUGAGAAGGUGACAACAGUUGGUGCGAUUAUUCACAAAUGGAAGAAACACAAAAUAACUGUCAAUCUCCCUCGGCCUGGGGCUCCAUGCAAGAUCUCACCUCGUGGAGUUGCAAUGAUCAUGAGAACAGUGAGGAAUCAACCCAGAACUACACGGGAGGAUCUUGUCAAUUAUCUAAAGGCAGCUGGGACCAUAGUCACCAAGAAAACAAUUGGUAACACAAUACGCCGUGAAGGACUGAAAUCCUGCAGCGCCCGCAAGGUCCCCCUGCUCAAGAAAGCACAUAUACAGGCCCGUCUGAAGUUUGCCAAUGAACAUCUGAAUGAUUCAGAGGAGAACUGGGUGAAAGUGUUGUGGUCAGAUGAGACCAAAAUGGAGCUCUUUGGCAUCAACUCAACUCGCCGUGUUUGGAGGAGGAGGAAUGCUGCCUAUGACCCCAAGAACAUCAUCCCCACCGUCAAACAUGGAGGUGGAAACAUUAUGCUUUGGGGGUGUUUUUCUGCUAAGGGGACAGGACAACUUCACCGCAUCAAAGGGACGAUGGACGGGGCCAUGUACCGUCAAAUCUUGGGUGAGAACCUCCUUCCCUCAGCCAAGGCAUUGAAAAUGGGUCGUGGAUGGGUAUUCCAUCAUGACAAUGACCCAAAACACACGGCCAAGCCAACAAAGGAGUGGCUCAAGAAGAAGCACACUAAGGUCCUGGAGUGGCCUAGCCAGUCUCCAGACCUUAAUCACAUAGAAAAUCUGUGGAGGGAGCUGAAGGUUCGAGUUGCCAAACGUCAGCCUCAAAACCUUAAUGACUUGGAGAAGAUCUGCAAAGAGGAGUGGAACAAAAUCCCUCCUGAGAUGUGUGCAAACCUGGUGGCCAACUACAAGAAACGUCUGACCUCUGUGAUUGCCAACAAGGGUUUUGCCACCAAGUACUAAGUCAUGUUUUGCAGAGGGGUCAAAUACUUAUUUCCCUCAUUAAAAUGCAAAUCAAUUUAUAACAUUUUUGACAUGCGUUUUUCUGUUUUUUUUUGUUGUUAUUCUGUCUCUCACUGUUCAAAUUAACCUACCAUUAAAAUUAUAGACUGAUCAUGUCUUUGUCAGUGGGCAAACGUACAAAAUCAGCAGGGGAUCAAAUACUUUUUUCCCUCACUGUAUAUAUAUAUAUAUAUAAACUCAGCAAAAAAAGAAAUGUCCCUUUUUCAGGACCCUGUCUGUGAUGAGGUGUGAAUGAAGGAGUCAGGCGCAGGAGGUAAAACACCGAAGUCCAGAGUUUAUUCCGUUUACAUAAAUAAAACGCACCCAGCGUCAAUACGAAACUAUCACAAGGGAAAUAUUCCACCUUGGCAAUAACAAAUGGAAGAGUACAACCGAGCUACUCGCUCUCACAAUGAAACAAUCACUCACAAAGACAAGGGGAACAGAGGGAACACUUAUACACAUACUAAUUAGGGGAAUGAGCACCAGGUGUGUGUGAUUGACAAGACAAGACAUGAUAAGUGGAGUGAUGAGAAUGGGAUCGGCAGUAGCUAGUAAGCCGGUGACGACGAAGGCCGAAACCUGCCCGAACAAGGAGGGGAGGCAGCCUCGGCGGAAGUCGUGACACUGUCUUUCAAAGAUAAUUCGUAAAAAUCCAAAUAACUUCACAGAUCUUCAUAGUAUAAAGGGUUUAAACACUGUUUCAUCAUGCUUGUUCAAUGAACCAUAAACAAUUAAUGAACAUGCACCUGUGGAACGGUCGUUAAGACACUAACAGCUUACAGACGGUAGGCAAUUAAGGUCACAGUUAUGAAAACUUAGGACACUAAAGAGGCCUUUCUACUGACUCUGAACAACACCAAAAGAAAGAUGCCCAGGGUCCCUGCUCAUCUGCGUGAACAUGCCUUAGGCAUGCUGCAAGGAGGCAUGAGGACUGCAGAUGUGGCCAGGGCAAUAAAUUGCAAUUUCCGUACUGUGAGACGCCUAAGACAGCGCUACAGGGAGACAGGACGGACAGCUGAUUGUCCUCGCCGUGGUAGACCACGUGUAACAACACCUGCACAGGAUCUUUCCAUCAGUGCUCAGACUGUCCGCAAUAGGCUGAGAGAGGCUGGACUGAGGGCCUGUAGGCCUGUUGUAAGGCAGGUCCUCACCAGACAUCACCGGCAACAACGUCACUUAUGGGCACAAACCCACCGUCGCUGGACCAGACAGGACUGGCAAAAAGUGUUCUUCACUGACGAGUCGCGGUUUUGUCUCACCAGGGGUGAUGGUCAGAUUCGCGUUUAUCGUUUAAGGAAUAAGCGUUACACCAAGGCCUGUACUCUGGAGCGGGAUCGAUUUGGAGGUGGAGGGUCCGUCAUGGUCUGGGGUGGUGUGUCACAGCAUCAUCGGACUGAGCUUGUUGUCAUUGCAGGCAAUCUCAAUGCUGUGUGUUACAGGGAAGACAUCCUCCUCCCUCAUGUGGUACCCUUCCUGCAGGCCCAUCCUGACAUGACCCUCCAGCAUGACAAUGCCACCAGCCAUACUGCUCGUUCUGUGUGUGAUUUCUUGCAAGACAGGAAUGUCAGUGUUCUGCCAUGGCCAGCGAAGAGCCCAGAUCUCAAUCCCAUUGAGCACGUCUGGGACCUGUUGGAUCGGAGGGUCAGGGCUAGGGCCAUUCCCCCCAGAAAUGUCCGGGAACUUGCAGGUGCCUUGGUGGAAGAGUGGGGUAACACCAGAUACUGACUGUUACUUUUGAUUUUGCUUGUGUUGCUGGCUCCUAACAGUGCAGUAAAAAUGUCCAAAAAGUACACAAAUAAUCCAAAACAAGAAAUCAAGAAUGUCCGAACAAAUCCAAUUAACAACCCAAAAAACACUAUCAGUAAUCCAAAUGCAAUCUAUGCGUAUAAACCCAAAAAUAUAUAUGUACAGCAGUAGAUAUAUUACAGUGAGCUAUGUCAACAAUCAAGUAUAUAAAUAUGCAGUGUGUAUAAACAGUGUAACAGAAAUCCAAUGUACAGUAGUAGAUCUAUGCCCCUAAUGGUGGUCAUUGGACAGGACACUAGGUUCACUACUGGAAUGGGGAUAUUUGAGCUUAUGUAUAAACAUCAACAUGUGUUGGAGUAGUGUGGUAUUAUCUGAGCGUUACGAUUUGUAAAUGACCAAUAAAUGGAAAUUCAAAGCCACACUCUUCAAUGUAUUAUGUUUCCCAUAGAAUUGAUUGUGCCUCUAUUAGGAUGCAGGAUGUCAAACUAUAAUCUCUGUGGCUCCUCCGGAAUCCUUUUGUCUUAUUGAUGAAUGCCCCCAGUCUGACUGUCACAAACAAUUUGUACUCGGGGGGGAAAAAGUAUGAUUUGUACAUCUCAAAUACUGGGGAGAAAGUAUGAUUAAUAAAUAUGUAUCUUGACAUUAUGCGGCAAAGAAUCUGGGUAAAUCACAAAUGACAAUCUGGACUGGAGGGGAAAGAAUCCACUUUAGAUUUCUAAAAUACAAACUGUGUCUCACAACAUUUGAAAUAUGAUAUGAUGAACUUGGUGCGAGCUAUCGGCAAUGCAGCCAGUCACCAUGGGGAUGCAACAACCCACACAACACCAGCGUAAUAAUUGCUGAAUGACAUUGAAACAAGUAGAAAGAGGAGCCAAAUAUAGUUUGCUAAAUCCAAAGUCCAUAACACACUGAUAAACAUCAAAUGAAACCUAACAGAAUUAUAAACCAUAAUCAAUAUUUACAUAAACCUAUGAUAACUUCCUGUUAUAAUUAUAUUGUUGUUAUGUACUUUAGAGAAACGAGCAGAAGACAAAGUAUUGUGGUCCGCCCUAAAAAAUUGACUAAUAAAGUGGUAAUUAGUAAAUCUGUGAAGUGUCCCAGGUUAUUAACAGGAAAGUAAUGCGGUUUUACUUCCUGUCUCCUCCAGGACGGUCCUGAUCACUCUGACAUCGGUGGUGUUGCUGGUCAUCAGUACAGACUGGAUCAGCUGGGACAACCUGAACCGGGGAUUUCUGCCUAGCGACGAGGUCUCCAGGGCCUUCCUGGUAUCCUUCAUCCUGGUCUUUGACCUGCUCAUUGUCAUGCAGGUAGGGGCUCCCCCAUGGCCAAUUAAAAACUAGCUGGGCUCCUAUACUCUCCCCUUCCUUUUCCUUUAUCUCUCCCCUUCCCCACCCCUCCCUCAGCCACAGGGGCACUGUGGUACUGGGUUGAGAGAGUGGGAGAUAUUUAAUCAGUCUGAGCCUGCAUGUCUACAAACCCCACUGCUUCUGCUUCACAUCUCUACCCCUCAUCUGCCCAUCCCAUCAUCCACUCAGCCAUCCAAACAUCCUACCAUCCAUCCAGCCAGACUUCAGGCAAGGACCUAAACCCUCUCUCCUCCUCCGUGAACCUUUUUCCCACCCAAUGUUCUCCAUCCCACAGGAGACUAUACAUAAAUGAAGUGUUUGUCAGUGGCAUACUCAUGAAUAUGCAAAUAUUUUGUCUGGGUAGAAAAUGCAUAGCAGUGUUUCAAAGAGAAAAGGCUUUCAAACCAGUAGCUCCAAGCUAAAUGCAGACCGGUUGGUUUGAAACGCAAGCUGGAUUUAGUAUGGCUUCUGCUAAUGUUUAAUGAACAUACUUUUGUAUAUAUAGUGUAUGUGGACACCCCUUCAAAUUAGUGGAUUCGGCAAUUUUAGCCACACCCGUUGCUGACAGGUGUAUAAAAUCGAGCACACAGCCAUGAAAUCUCCAUAGACAAACACUGGCAGUAGAAUGGCCCAUACUGAAGAGCUCAGUGACUUUCAACGUGGCACCGUUAUACUAGAGCUGCCCCGGUCAACUGUAAGUGCUGUUAUUGUGAAGUGGAACAUUCUAGGAGCAACAACGGCUCAGCCGCAAAGUGGUAGGCCACAUAAGCUCACAGAAUGGGACCGCCGAGUGCUGAAUUGUGUAGCGCGUAAAAAUUGUCUGUCCUCGGUUGCAACACUCACUACUGAGUUCCAAACUGCCUAUGGAAGCAACGUCAGCACAAGAACUGUUCGCCGGGAGCUUCAUGAAAUGGGUUUCCAUGGCCGAGCAGCCGCACACAAGCCUAAGAUCACCACGCACAAUGCCAGGCGUCAGCUGGAGUGGUGAAAAGCUCACCGCCAUUGGACUCUGGAGUAGUGGAAAGCGUUCUCUGGAAUGAUGAAUCACGCUUCACCAUCUGGCAGUCUGACAGACGAAUCUGGGUUUGGCAGAUGCCAGGAGAACGCUCCCUGCCCAAAUACAUAGUGUCAACUAUAAAGUUUGGUGUAGGAGGAAUAAUGGUCUGGGGCAGUUUUUCAUGGUUGGAGCUAGGCCCCUUAGUUCCAGUGAAGGGAAAUGUUAACGCUACAGCAGACAAUGACAUUCUAGACGAUUCUGUGCUUCCAACUUUGUGGCAACAGUUUGGGGAAGGCCCUUUCCUGUUUCAGCAUGACAAUGCCCCCGUGCACAAUGCGAGGUCGAUACAGAAAUGGUUUGUCGAGAUCGGUGUGGAAGAACUUCACUGGCCUGCACAGAGCACUGACUUCAACCCCAUCGAACGCCUUUCGGAUAAAUUGGAACGCUGACUGCAAGCCAGGCCUAAUCGCCCAACAUCAGUGCAUGUGCAUAUUAAUGCCCAUGAAUUUGGAAUGAGAUGUACGAGCAGGUGUCCACAUACUUUGUUAUUGCUUAUUAAAGGAUAUGGAGUAGUCUAAUAUGUAGUAUCCCUUAAACGUCUGUUUAUACAUUAUUAUGUCAUAAUAUGUAGUAUCCCUUAAAUGUAUGUUUAUACAUUAUUAUGUCACUUUACAAGGAUAUGGUGAUUAGCUAACAAAAAUGAUUUAUCUGUAGCACAAUAACUGACAAAAUUAUAUAAGAACAAAUCAGAUAUAAUUUAUUUUCAAUGCUAUUUCAUUUGGCUCAGCUCAGCCAUUCAAUAUUUGUAAAUUAUUUUAUUACAAGAUUACAACUUCUCACAGUCUCAUUACCAUGCCUGCUUUUGUUUGCAUAGGCCUCCUUGCGUUUCACUGGGGUCCCUUCCCCUCUCAGAAACAGGCCAAGGCAUAGUGACCAUCUUGAUCCUGUAUGGCUCAGUUGGUAGAGCAUGUUUUCUGUAACGCCAGAAUUGUAGGUUUGAUUCCUGGGACACCCAUAUGUAAAAUGUAUGCAGGCAUGACUGUAAGUCGCUUUGGAUAAAAGUGUCUGUUAAAUGGCAUAUAUUAUUAUUCAGCUGUCAUCUCCUGUCUCAUGACUACAGCAGUCUCGUGGUGUGAUCCCCAUUUUGACUCCCUGGCCCCAGCCAGUACCAAACUACUCACCAAUCACAUCUCUCCUGCUUUCUCCUGCUGGGCUGUAUUUCACACUCAUUCAGAUGCCGUUGUUUAUGAUUGCUAGUCUCCUCUGGUUUUCUGCUCUGUGCACAGCAAGCACAUUUACUACGGUUAUUUAUGAUUUCAAUUAGUCUCCACCGUUAGUGCUCACAUGGAUUUGAUGCUGGCUGUCCAUGCACUUUACUCUGGUAUAGUCAAUAAAAACUCCUCUACUCCACCUCCCUGCCACAGCCUUUGAAAUGGCUUCAUUCACCUUCAUAUGUGCGUGUUCUGGCUGGUAUACUCUCAAAAAUGCUGGGUUGUUUGGAUGACCCAACUGGGUUGCAACCUGCUGGGUUGUAGGCAUUGGGUCACUUAGUUGGUUGUUUUCUAAAAAGAGCAAGGUUGAGUUGUUAGUGCUGGAUUAUUGAUGCUGGGUUAUUGAGAUAUGACCCAGGGGGUCAGAUCAGAAGACUGGAGGUGUGGCUUAGUAGGGGUGUGGCUUUCAGAUUGUUAUUUUUGGCCACCCGUGAGAGUAAGCGUCAUUCCGGUUCAUCUGUUCUGUUGUAUUGUUAUCACAUUGUAAGGUUGAACACAGACACUUUUGUAGCUUUAAUGAAGAUAACGAAAGUCUGAGUUCCUUAACAGCCUAUACAAAUCUCAAUGUUGGGAUAGUUACCACUUUGUUGCAAUGUGUAAGCAAUCAUGUUAUUAAUAUUAUAGUAGAAUAUGUCAUGUGUAAAAAUAUUUAAGGAACAUUUUAAUUUGUAGUGUACAAAGUUAGUGGCACUCCAGUCUCCUUUUCACCUCAUUUAUCACCUGAUUUACUUAACAAAAGGCACAUCUCAAUAGGUGGUCCAUGAUGAACAGGAAUGACAUUUACUCUCACGGAUGGCCAAAAAUAACUAUGUGAAAGCCAUGCCGCUAAUAAGCCACACCUCCUGAAAAUAACCGGAGGAUUACAUUAAAAAAGACCAAGCUGCUGGGUUAAUCAUGCAUGAAAGUUUAAAAAAAACAACUGAUGGUUAAAUUAACCCAUGUUUGGGUAAACCCAACAACACAGCAUGUUGGGUUAUUCACGCAACCCAACUGGCUGGGUCAACGUGUGUUCAAUAUUUACCCAGCGCUGGGUUACCAAAUAACCCAAAUUGGGUUGUUUUUAACCAAGUAUUUUUUUUAGAGUGUAGGUCAUCUCCUACUUCCAUGAGAAAAGACCUGGGUUUUAUUCCAAAACUAAUUAACAGACACAAUAAACGGACUGGGCUGGAUCUACCUCCCAGCUGUUGUCUCCUGGAGAAUUGUUUUCUGGCUUUUAUUUGGGUAUUUGAUUGUCUGAUAUAAAUGUAAAAAAAAUUCAUGUGUGAGUGUCUCUUCCACAGAAUCAUUUGUGACCUAGCGAGCUUGUAACUGUUUUGUGUGUUUCUGUGUGUGCACAUGCAUGCGUGCGUGUGGGCACUGUUUACUACAGUAUGUCGUAAAGACUCAUUAUUUCAUAUGAGGGAGGCACAUGACUUAAAUGUCAAGCUUAUUAGUGGGACUGUAUCAGGAAACGAAGUACAGUUGAGUAGGUGGAAGGCCUAAUUAAUAUCAAGGGGGAAAUCCCUUCUCAUCUUUUUCCAUAUGAACAUUCAUACAUUUACAUUUUAGUCAUUUAGCAGACGCUCUUAUCCAGAGCGACUUACAGUUAGUGAGUGCAUACAUUUUCAUACAUACAUAUGGAUUCUUCGUUCACCCUAACAUCUGAAAAUUGAUUGAAUAUUAUAGUAUUAGAAAUGGCUGCUGUUUAGUUACAUAACUAGGCUGUUAGAAUCUGAGGAAAUUGCAGCUAUUCAUAAAAAGAUGGAAAGAUCUCGGUGUGUUUGGGUUGUCUAAAAUGUACAGUAUGCCCCUCUGUCUGUUCAACACACAUCACAUUCUUCCCAGACAUUAUCGCUUGUUUCUUUCAGACAAUGUUCCAGUAUCUUACAUAUAUACAAUAUUGACUAUUCCAAAGCAAAGACUGAGACACAGAGGGCAGCUUAUAGAUGUCUGUGAGUGAUUCCUGAGGUGUUUUGACAUGAGGAAACCCCAAUGCACACAGGCACAUUACAAGGCCAUAUAAGCACACACUGUGCAGGCUUUUGACCUCUGUGGUAACUUACCCGUCAAUGGACAACUCCUCUGAAUCCCUAGUUAGUAUCCUUUUAUAUGAAAAUAAAUCCCUGCUAUUCACUCACUAUUAGACUUUGGAGCAUGUGUAUUGUUUACCUUCUUCUUUUGUCUUUGCUUUUAUGCCUGGUGGUAAAUGAUGUGUAUUGUUUACUUCCGUAAAAACUGUCAAUAUCAAACACUGUACAGUAAAUUUAUUUUUAUGGGCGGAUGUAUUUUUUAUUUGCAUUGAUUGAUCAUAUGUUUGAUUUAUGUUAUUAGGAUUGGGAGUUCCCUCAGUUCAUGGGCGACCUGGAUAUGAACCUGCCUGGCAUGUCCACCACGCAGCUCAAGUUCAAACUUCCUGUCUGCAAGAGCAUCUUCAAAGAGGAGUACCACAUCCAUAUCACAGGUACAGAUAUUAGCAAGCAUACCAUAUUAGUAAACAUACUAUACUGUGUCCUGAGUGGCGCAGUGGUCUAAGGCACUGCAUCGCAGUGCUAACUGUGCCACUAGAUCCUGGUUCGAAUCCAGGCUCUGUUGCAGCCGGCCCGGACCGGGAGACUCAUGGGCGGCGCACAAUUGGCCCAGCGUCGUCCAGGGUAGGGGAGGGAAUGGCCGGCAGGGAUGUAGCUUAGUUGAUAGAGCAUGGCGUUUGCAACGCCAGGGUUGUGGGUUCGAUUCCCACGGGGGGGCCAGUAUAAAAAAAGAUGUAUUCACUAACUGUAAGUCGCUCUGGAUAAGAGCGUCUGCUAAAUGACGUAAAAUGUAAAUGUAAAUACUAGCCCAAUUGAUUUAGGUGGUAUAGAGGGUUACCACUAUUAUUUCAAUAUUUUCACACUCCAUCUGACCAGCUGUGUUGGAAGUUUUGGCAGUUGCACCAUGACACUGGCCUAAGAUGAAUACAGAUCAGAUAUACCUGUUCUGACAUGACUUCUUCAUCCUACCAGCGGUGCUUGUUUCUGAAAUACUCUUCCCCCCCUGCACCUUGCACCCCUGCUGCGUCAGACACAUCAGAAUGGUGCAAUGUGUAUAAACAAUCACCCAGGUUUCAUUCCGUUCCACAGCAUGCCCCCAGUUUUGAUAUUGUUAAAUGUGUUACACUUGUUUUCUCUACUUUUAAGUCAUUUCUUAAACUCAUGUGUUUCUUAAACUCAUGUGUUUCUUAAACUCAUGUGGGGCGGCAGGUAGCUUAGCGGUUAAGAGCGUUGGGCCAGUAACUGAAAGGUCGCUGGUUCAAAUCUCCAAGCCGACUAGGUGAAAAAUCUGUAGAUGUGCCCUUGAGCAAGGCACUUAACCCUAAUUGCUCCUGUAAGUCGCUCUGGAUAAGAGCGUCUACUAAAAUGUAAAUGUGAAAACCAUCAAGGGGAGAGAAACGAAUGUUCCCAUGCUAGAUGUUAAACUGUUCAAACGCUCACUGAUUUGUGCUAGAUUGUUAACCCUAAUGCAUCGCACAUCCAUUUAGCAUUAUGUUAAUGGUCAUACAGUACAUGAUUGCUUUGACUAAAAGCUUAUUAACGGUGGUACGUCUCAGGAAAGGGAGGGAAUUGUGUCACAUGUACCCAUGGAGCUAUCUGCCUUUAGAUCAGUAAACCUGGAGCGAUUGCUACCAAUAAUAUUAUGACCUCAUUUCAUUAAGCGUCAGUGUUAGACCUGGUACCUGCAAAUAUAUUCUCAUAUACUGUCUGUCUGUCUUAUCUGUCUGUGUUUUGUCAAUUGAUGACCUUAAAUUAAUUAGAUUCAUAAAAGCUUUAUAACUUGUCCGAACGGUACAGUAAUCAGUGAAUUAAAGGGCAUGUCAACGUCAGCUUGGGCACAAUAAAACUGGAUUUUGACAUCCAGAAAUGACCCUAACUGCCCUCCAUAUUGUUUGUCCCUGCAGGUAAGUGGUUCAACUACGGCAUCAUCUUCCUGGUGUUAAUCCUGGACCUGAACAUGUGGAAGAACCAGAUCUUCUACAAGCCCUAUGAGUACGGGCAGUACGUUGGUCCAGGGGAGAAGAUCUUCACCGUGGAGGAGCCCCACACGCUGGGCGACUUCAACCGCAGCACGCUCACCCACAAGUGGCGCUCCAGCCACGUGGACCCGCUGACCAACCGCUCGUACGUGCAUCGCGACAUGUUCCUGCACAGCCGCUACGUGGGUGCCAGCCUGGACGUCAAGUGCCUGGCCUUCAUCCCCAGCCUGGCUGCCUUCGUCCUCUUCGGCUUCUUCAUCUGGCUGCUGGGACGCUUCCAGGACAGCGAGACCUUCCCGGAGAGCCAGGUGGACAAGACGUACGAGAGGAUCAAGAGGAAGUCUCCGUCGGAGUAUAGUAAGGACAUGGGACUCACGCCAGAGGAGGUGCACAUCUCUAUGAGCGAGGCGCUCAAAUGUUCCGGAACCCCCAUGCUGUUGUUGGUGGACGGGCAUCACUUUGCUCCGCACUCUGCCACCUCCACCAACUCCACUUCGCCUGUUUCCAUGGAGACCCAGGAGACACAUCCCAGUAUUGUCAUCGAGGGCGCGGAGCCAAGACAGCCGGCGGCAUGCUUUGAUGUCGGCAAAAUGUCACCGCCCUGACCUUACUGCCCUGAGGGGAAAUACUGCUAUUGUCUGCUACUGGCAGACACACAGCCUGGAGGGAGGAGAGGAGACACAGGAGAGAGACCAAACUGAAACUCAAUUUCAGUCUAGAUCUUUUUCAGUCUGGGUAGAUAUUGAACCCAACACUGAUUGAGUAUUCCUGGAGCAGAGGAUGUAGCUACAAUGGCCUCUUGGGUUCUUCUGGACAAUUUGUUUUGCUACUGAAAAUAAACUCUCUCAUAUUCCUGAUGGGUUUUUAUUAUUAUCAUUGUUAUUAUUAUUAUUUAUUUUAAUUGUAAGACAGUGGUUUUUUUUCUUAUUCUCUAAGCUGACACAAACACAAUGACAAACAGCUUAUUUUAACCUCCCUCACUGCAAAGUUCUAUUGUCAACAUGGUGCUCUCGCUAGAUUUGACGUUUUUGUAAUAUCAAGGUGUUUUUUCUUAUUGUGACAUUUUGGUGCCUAUAUGGGGAACUAUUUCUACAGUCGAUGCAUGACACAAUGGUCAUGGCUAGUUUAUAUUGUAAAACUAGAGUAUUACAACUGAAGAGGUGCCUUGAUAACCCAUGUCCACUAAAGGACAUCAACAUAGUCUAUACUAUAGGCAGAAAAACAGAAGAUGUCUGAUAGUGUGUGUCUGUCUUGUUUAUUUAAAUGUUCUACUUCAAUGUUUACCCUUUCACACUAUCACAGGUUUUUGAAUUCAUUUGUUAUCUUGAUAAUUCUCACAUAUCCCAUCUUCACGUGUUUCUUCUCUUGUAGUUAUAGAAAUUACUGGAUUGCUAAACAUCAUUAUGAUGAUGAUAAUAUUAUGACGACCUCUUCAUUUUCUGGUUGUAUUAUCAAAUGCAAGAUAAUAGGCAUAAGCUAUUUUCAAAUAACAUUCAAAAGUCACCUCAUGAUCGCUUAUCUGGUCAUUAUACUCAAAUGUAACGCAAAUUAGGUCAGAAAGGUCAUUUGCCCUUUGUGGAGUAAAUGUGCUUUUGUUAUACCAGGAGAGAGAAGUACACCAAAUCUUACUGCCGCACCUUACGCAUAUCAUAUCCCCCAGCAGUAUAUGUACCACAAGCAUGACCUUGGUUCAAAGCCAGUAUUGGGGUCAUGGUUUGGUUUGAGAUAACACAUAGAGAAUGUGACCUCUUUACUUACAGUGACAAGCAAAAGAGAGUGGGAGUUUUUCGUAUUUAUGAGAGUUAUGAGCGUUGUUAUAUCAAAUACGUUAAGUGUGCAACUACAGUAUACCAAUGCUCAGUUAUUUAAGUGUUUUCUAACAAUGCAUUCUGUGUGUGUGCAUCUGAGUUUGUGCGCGUAUGCGUGUGUAUGUGACAGAGAGAGCGAGAGCGUACAAUUCUGUGAAGAGGUCAAUGCAGUUAACAUAAGUGGUGUAUGGUCCUUGGUUCAGUGAUCCCCUUCUACACUUUACAGGUCAUUACAGCUCAACUUAUUUCAUUUUGUAGAUAUGGCUUUGCAACAAAUUGCUGAAUGUACGGGGCAAUGGCUAAAUUAGUGUGUUUAUCUCACCUGAAGUGAUCUAGUGAUAUGUUUGUAAUAUAUUGUGCUUCGGUUGAAACUGAAUGUUCCCCCUGCUGUUAUACAUGGUAUUGUAUUGCAUAACUGACAGAUAUUUUCCAUUCUUGUGUGUGGUUUUUAAACGAAGGAUAUCUGUUUUUAACAUGUUGACACAAAUGUCUGCCGAAUAAUGGUAUCAAUAAAAUGUAUACAUUUUGCU